CAUCGCUCUUCAUCGGUCUUAUCAUUUUUAAUUUUAGUUAUAGUUUGAUAUAGAAAAUUAUCGCAAAAAGAUUGAGUGUUAUAUACGCGAUUGUACCAUCAGAGUGAAAUAGGAAUCCACUGAUAUGUCGCUUAUUCAUAAUAAUUUUGGAAUGUUUGAGGAGAAACCCGAUCUUAAAAGCUUAGAUCUUGGCCAAUUCUUACCACUUUUAUCAGAAAAUUCAACCCACGCCCUUCGAAAAUGUGACGUCAAACUUGAAAGUGAACUUGAUAACGAACUAGAAAUAGUUGUUGAAUGCAACGACGUGAAACCCGAAAUGGAUUUAUUGGCAAUUGAAAAAAUUGAAAAUGUUUCUCCAAAUUAUUUACAGAAAAUAAAGUAUAAUGAUGGUUGUAAAUCUCAAAACAUAAUUAAGAUAGAAAACACGAGUGAAGUGAAAGAAGAAAUUAUUGACGGAAUUGCAGAGAACCGAAUUUGAAUUUCGAUCGUAAAGUUGAAAAACAAAAUAAAAAAAGAGUAAUUACAAAAAAUGUCAACAACAAACAUAACCUCAAAACUCACAUCGGUACGGAGCAGAAUGAUACAAGCCUCGUAUGUAAAAUAUGCGAAAAGAAAUUCUCACACAGGAGCAGUCUGAGUAAUCAUGUCAUAUCAUUACAUCAUCUUAAUGCUUACUCACGAGAUGUAUGUGGCAAGACAUAUACGAAAGGCUUUCAUCUCAAAAGCUACUCUGAUGCGAAACGUAAUUUUAUCAAUCACCCCUGUAACACUUGUGGAAAGACUUUUUCACAAAAGAGUAGUCUGAAAACCCAUUUCGAUUUAGUACAUAAUCGUAUCAAUCAUCAAUGCUGCACGUGUGGAAAGACAUUUUCACAUAAGAAUAAUAUAAAAAAACAUAUUGAUUCAGUGCAUAAUAAUCGGAACCCUUUUCACUGUGAUGUAUGUGAAAAGGCAUUUUCACAAAAGGAUCGUCUAAAAAACCAUAUUGAUUCAGUGCAUAAUAAUCUGAAUCCUUUUAACUGUGAUAUAUGCGGAAAGACAUUUUCUCAAAAGUGUAAUCUGAAAAUUCAUAUCGAUUCAGUACAUAAUGGUAUCAAUCAUGUAUGUCACACGUAUGGAGUAAUCUCAAACACCACAUCGAUAAGAUUCACAAUGGUAUCAAAUACGCAUUCGAUGAAUGAGGAGAGAA